CUGGAUAUCAGUAAUCCAUUUUGAUUUAGUGCACUUAUAACGAAGAGAGGUUUAUAAAGCGAAUUGUGAAAGUCACUAUCACACAACCACUGUGUUUGACCUUCAAAUUUGUGUGUUGUGUGUGAAAUGAACGUAAAAAAGUGAUCAAGAUUAAUAAUAGAGUUCUUGUUAUUCGCUUGAUAGUUUAUUUGCGAGUUUAUUAUGCGUUCUCUUGCUGCUUUACAUGGGGUGGAUCCCUUGCCUGAGUUGGGAAUACCAUCCAACCUCCAGCACGGUGAUAAUCCCGACGCCGAUAUGGCUGGAGCACAGGACACCAUAUAUCUGUGCAACUUUCGGGUGUCUGUUGACGGAGAGUGGCUCUGCUUGAAAGAACUGCAUGAUAUGGAUAUGCAGGAUUCUUACAUCCGCCCGUCUGACGGUGUCAUCACCUCUCCUGACGACCCUAUGCAUUCCUUAAUGGCUCGGGAUCCAGUAGUGAUAGAACGUAGCAAUCUCGUCAACAUCUCUAAGUUGAUAGUAAAGGAGCUAAUUGAACAAUCGCUUCGUUACGGGCGUAUGCUCGAUAGCGACCAUUUGCCAUUACACCAUUUCUUCAUUGUUCUCGAGCAUGUAAUGCGUCAUGGACUUAAACCCAAGAAGGGUCUUCUUGGUCCCAAGAAAGAACUGUGGGAUAUUCUGCAAAUGGUCGAAAAGUAUUCGCCAGAGGCGGCUGACAUCACCGCAAGUAUUAGAGACUUGCCAACAGUCAAGACCGCAAUGGGCCGUGCUCGAGCUUGGCUAAGAUUGGCUCUAAUGCAGAAAAGACUUGCGGAUUAUCUAAGAAUACUUUUAGAGCAUCGCGAGGAGACGUUGGAAGAGUACUUUGAACCACACGCAUUGAUGUUGAAUGAGGAAGCCGUCAUUAUUACCGGUUUACUCGUGGGCCUAAAUGUCGUCGACUGCAAUUUGUGUGUCAAGGAGGAAGAUUUGGACAGUCAACAAGGCGUUAUUGAUUUCUCUUUAUACCUUCGGGGUGGCAGCUCUUCCAAUGACUUGUCCAGCAAUGGAAACAAUACGAACAAUGAACCGAAACAACGCCAUAUUAACACGAUGUUAGAUCAAAAGAAUUAUAUCGAAGAACUGAACCGACAUCUGAAUGCCACUGUAGCAAAUUUGCAAGCCAAAGUUGAAGGUCUGACCACAACAAAUGCACUCAUGAAGGAAGAUUUGGCGAUCGCCAAGAAUACCAUGAUUCAGUUGGUCGAAGAAAACAAUCAGUUCAAACACGCUUUGGGUCAGGACAUAACCAAAGACACUAGAAUGAAAGUGACAGAGUUGCAGUCUGAUGAAGAGGAGAAACGUAGUGUGAGGAGUACAACAUCUGAUAAAUCAAAAAAUGAAAAGGACAGCGAAUUAGGAAAAUUAUUAGAGGAAGAAAGAAAGAAAAAUUUGGAACUAGAAAAAGAAUUGAAUUUACAGAUUUCAUUGAAAGCCGAAAUGGAGGUCGCUAUGAAAUUGUUAGAGAAAGAUAUACACGAUAAACAAGACACAAUCAUAUCGUUGAGGAGGCAACUUGACGAUAUAAAAUUAAUUAACCUAGAAAUGUACAAAAAGUUACAGGAAUGUGAAAGUUCCUUGAAACAUAAAACAGAGCUAAUAGCCAAAUUGGAAGCAAAGACUGAAUCAAUGGGCAGCACGAUACAUCAACUAGAUGAGAAGCUCCAAGAGGACAAGACAGCAAGAAAAAGUUUAGAAGAAAAUGCCCGUACUUUAGGACAGAAGGCUGCUGCGGCAGAGACCAGGGUUCUUGCAGCUGAAGGAGAUUUGAGAAUAGAACGUGAAUGGAGGAUAUCUUUGCAAGAUUCAAUGGUAAAAGAUCGUGACAAAAUAUCGAUGUUAACACAAGAAGUAGAAUCAUUGAAAUCUAUUGGUCAGAAGUAUGUAUCAUUACAAGAGGAACAGCACAUACUCAAGACGCAAUAUAGUGAGGCACAAAAAACAUUAGAAGAAAUGGGUGUUACGUUAAGUGAGAACAAACUGCAGCUAGCAGAAAUGCUAGAAAAGGAAGCUAGUUCAACAACAGCCGAAGACAACGCGUCAAAUUGGACGAGCGACAAAGAUGCAUUUGCAUGCACAGCCUGUGCUAAGGAAUUCAAUAUUACUAGGCGAAAGCAUCAUUGCAGGCGUUGUGGACAUAUAUUCUGCGGCGCGUGCAGCGAAAAAACUGUAGCACUUUCAGGAAGCACGAAACCGGUGCGAGUUUGCGAUGCCUGUUACGCAGAGGUGCGGCUGACAUAGUAACCACUUAUACUACGGUAUGACUACAAUAAAAUAAAAAUAAAAAUUACCAACUCAGCCUCUAUGGUAGUCCCAAAGCGUCUAAGCAGCGUUUGUACAAUAAGCACUAAAACUCAGAAAUAUUUAAAUACAUAAUUUUUCUACCCAAGUACAUACAAAGUUCUACUCAUCGACACAAAUGUUUGCAUUGCGUUUGGAAUUCCCGACCAUCAGUAUUUGUGUUAAACUGCUGCUACAUUAAGAUCGUCAAUAUGACGAUAGUAUAUUUUAAUUUAUGAUAUAAUAUUUUUUCAUGAUAUUUCUAAUGUCUUUUAUACUCAUGCUAUUGGAUAUCAGUGUUUGUCUUAUAGCGUGCCAAAUUAUUCAUAAAGUUCUCGCGAAUGCCUCGGGACCAAAGCGUGUAAAUGUAAAGAAAGUUAAAUUAUUUCAAACGCAAUAGGGCAAAAUUAAAUGCUAUUUAUUAUACUGCAUUGGCAAACAAUUAGACUAUUGGUGUUAAUAUUAUGAGCUCACAGAAAUCUGUAGGUACAAUCUAAUCU